AUGGAGAACACUUUUGCGAACAAUAGCAACUGUAAACGGAAGCAAAUGGGACUACCAAACGAAGCAGUGAAAGCCGACUCACGGCAAUCAACAACGCCAGCUAUCCUGGUUGGUAUUCAGCAACAAGAAUUGGCGAAAGCAGAAAGUCUGUUGUGGCGAAUCGCUCAAGGCGAUGUUUUUCCGGAUGAGGUGCGUAUAUUUAAGAGAAAUGCUGAAGUCCCACGUGAACAGUGGAGCUACAUAGAAAAAUCAAGCCAACUAUACAAUAAUUCACCAUUUUUGGACGAACACGGAGUCAUCAGAAUGGAAGGAAGGACAUCUUCAGCAGUGUUUUCUGCAUGGAGUACUCGCUUUCCUGUCAUAUUACCCAGAAACCACGUUAUUACGACAAAGAUUUUGGAAGAUUACCACGUUCGUUUCGGACAUGGAUCGAAGGAAAUUACAGUGAAUGAAGUGCGUCAAACUUUUUUCAUCCCGAAAAUGCGAACAGCGGUUGGAACGGUAAUUCGCAACUGUUUAAAGUGUAGAUUACGUAAAUGUAAACCAGUUACACCGCGCAUGGCACCACUUCCAAUUCAACGUAUGCAACCCUAUGUCAGAGCCUUCAGCUACGUUGGCAUUGAUUAUUUUGGACCAAUCGACGUCACGGUAGGAAGACACAAGGAAAAGCGAUACGUAGCAUUGUUUACGUGUUUAGUCGUACGAGCUGUACACUGUGAGGUAGCGUACAGUCUGAGCACGGAAUCAUGCAAGCAGGCGAUUCGUCGGUUCAUUCGAAGGCGUGGUUCCCCAAUCGAAAUAUUUUCGGACAAUGGUACGAAUUUUCAGGGAGCCAGUCGAGAGCUGCGGAAGGAAAUGGAGAAAAUAAAUCGCGAUUGUGCUGAUACAUUCACCGAUGCGAGAACCAAGUGGACCUUCAACCCACCAUCUGCUCCUCAUAUGGGCGGAGUAUGGGAGCGGAUGGUUAGAUCCGUUAAAUCAGCGAUGGGGGUGUUAAGCGACGGACGUCGAAUGAACGACGAAAUUCUUAUUACUACCCUAGCUGAAGCAGAACACUUGGUCAACUCACGCCCACUAACCUAUUCGGGAACGGAAUACGCUGAAAUGGACACUAUUACUCCUAAUCACUUUCUUCUCGGAAGUACUUCUGGACAACAUCAGCCGUUCAAUGUUCCAAUAUCUUUGGCUGAAGAAUUAAGAAGUAGUUACAAGCGGUCCAUGUCGUUUGCAAAUGAAUUCUGGAAUCGGUGGUGUAAAGAAUACUUCCCGACAUUGAAUCCACGCAGCAAGUGGUAUGCGGAUGGGAGAAUGCUGAAAGUAGGAGAUCUGGUUCUCGUUAUGGAUGAUGGAAAAGGAGCAGCAGGAGUUCGGGGUUUAAUCGAAGAAGUCUUUACUGGAGCGGAUGGGCGUGUGCGACAAGCAGUUGUUAGAACGAAAGGAGGAGUCUUUAGAAGACCAGUAGCAAAGUUAGCGGUUCUUGAGCUAGAUGAUAAACCUGAUCACCCAAACACGCAGGGUAGUGACUAG